AUGCAGGAUGAGAUUCCCGUCAGUACAGGAUCCUAUAUGCCGACAUGCCAUGACAGUGUUAGUUCCCAAGGAGAUCGCGUGCAUGAUGUCGGUUCUCCGAUCGCCGUCCGGCAUGGAAUAGAUUCUGCGAAUAUACCACUCUCCAGCUGCAGCUCUGGGAAAGUUAUAGACCACGGCAACUCUGAGCCAGAAGAUCAUACAGAUGAGGCCCACGUGGAUGCUUCCGAGCUCGGUCAAGACACUGCCUAUUCUAGCAGGGUUUUGAACUUAAUACAACCAGCCGAGAAACAGUCAAUAUCACAACUGGACACAGAAGGCUCACCUCGGGAUCUACGUACGCAUUCUUCUCUUGCGGUGGGUUUACCAAUGUCUCAGCCUAUACAAUCUGGAAGCAAGGAAGCCAGACGUCGCAGGACAGAUUGUACGGCCAAGAGGAAGAGCUGCCGCUCCUGUCACUCACGUAGCGCCGAAAGUGAUGGCCCCAGAGAUGAUAAUUACAUUGACAGGACUGAUGGAUUUGUUCAGCCGCAGAUUGCGACCCAAAAAAAGGAAGAGAGGAUAAACCGGGUGCGACAAAGGGACGAAGAGAGGGACGGCGGCAUCGUAACGGGGGGCGAUGAGUAA